AUGUUAUCACUUGCAUGCUCAUAUUUUCUUUUGGUUUUUAUUCACAUUAAAACCGUUGGAAGUGUACUUAUUGAUCGAUGUAUUGCAAUCAAUUAUUACAGCGAGUUAUACAAAGGAUUAGACAUCAUUCAGCGGUAUCCCCACGACUCAAAAGCCUUCACACAAGGAUUGAAUCUAGUAAAUAACACAUUGUAUGAGUCAACUGGACUUUAUGGGAAAUCGUCCAUUCGUAAAGUUGAUAAAAAGAGUGGUGAUGUUAUAACAAAGACAAAACUCGACCAAAAGAUGUUUGGGGAAGGUAUUGCAAUAUUUGGUGACGAGAUGUAUCAACUGACAUGGAAGAAUCGUGUUGUCAAUGUUUUUAAUAAAUAUGAUUUGAAAUACAAACGAAGUCUUCAAAUACCAAAAGUAAUUCAAGAAGGGUGGGGGAUGACCCGUAUUAACAAUACUUUUGCGAUUAGUGAUGGGAGUGACUGUAUUUAUUUAGUCGAACCCACGACGUUUACAUUACAGCACAUAGUCAGAGUGAGACGUGGGAAUAACAAACUGAUACGAAUCAAUGAGCUUCAAACAGUGAAUGGUUUAAUUUUUGCCAACAUAUGGUAUGAAGAUGUUCUUUGUGUCAUUGAUUUAGUAAGUGGAAAAGUCAUAAGUGAGUUCUGGUGUGACAUUUCACGGAAUAAAGGAGAGGAUGUGUUUAAUGGAAUAGCUUAUGAUGAGUCGAAGAAUAGAUUAUUAUUAACUGGAAAGCUAUGGGAUUCUUUAUUCGAAGCCGUUUUAGUAAUUUAA